AUGAUGAUUAAACAAUCAAAUAUAAAAUUAGAUUUAGAAUUAUCAAGAGACUUAAUGAAUAAAACAAAAAAUCACUCAGUUGAUAAGAAUUAUAUUUGUCAACGAUAUGCAGCGAGACAUGGACUUAUUGUUACUUCUACUACUACAAAUCAAUCUCGGUUCACAAGUGAAUCUAAUCAUUCAAAAAAACGAACUCAUCAAAUACAAGAAACAAAUAUAAAUACAACUAUUAUUGAUGUAUUAGAAAAAUCCUCAAGUGAAUGUCCUUUAACUGAGUCAUGUUGUAAAGAACGUAUAAAUGAAUAUUUUAAUAAAGAUAUUCAAGCAUUAAAAAUUAGUUCGAAAACUAAACAAAAUCUUAAUAAAUUACAAAAAAUAACUGAUGAUGUUAAAUUAUUAACAAAACAACUUGAAUUAUCAAUGAAAUUAAAUAAAAAUAAUAAUGCAUCUAUGAUAACAUUAGAUAAACGUUUACUUGGUGAGAUUUGUUAUCAACUUGAACGACGUAUUUUAAUUUUAAUAUUUUCAAAAUCGAAACAAUUCUAUGGUUAUUCACUUCGUUAUUUAUCAUCAAUUAUUGAAAAUCAACAAAAUAAACAUGAUCAUUUAAUAUAUAAAAAACGUUUUAAUCAAAUUGAAAAAUAUCUUUUAAAAGAAAAUUUUCAUUUCGAUCAUCAUUCAAUAUUAACAUUUUAUUUUAUAAAUAAAUAUGGAAUUUAUUCCGAUUAUCAAUGGUUAAAAAUUUAUUCCGAAAUUCUUUCAAAUCUCAAUCAAAUUAAAUCAUUUUGUUAUUCAAUAUUAUCAAAAGAAUAUCAUGAAGAUAUAUCUAUAAUUCUAAAUAGUCUUGAUUUAAUUUCAAAAUUUGAUGGUUCAAAAUUAGUAAAACAUGAUUUGAAUUUAGAGCAACAAGGUCGUUCAAGUACAACCGAAGCAUAUAUUUAUCGACAUCGUUUGGUUACACGAUCGACAACACCAUUAUCAAAUAUAAAUAAUUAUGAUAUAUACGGUCAAUCGACUGUCACAUCAUAUCUCAAUUAUUAUCAACCAAAACCAACAUUUGCUACUGAACAUGUAUCGCCAAAUCAAACAGAUAAUUUAUGUCCUAGACAAAAAAAUGUUCAUAGACAUUGUCAACGUUCCUGUCAUGGAAUAAAUCAAAAUACAAAUUGUCGUUCUCAACGAAUUUGUGUUUGUGAUCAUAAUUGUGGAUUUUCUUGUCUUUCAACAUCAAUUGUAAAUGAACGUUAUCUUUGUCCAGUUUUAAAUAAUCCACCACAUGGUCGUAUACAAUAUGAGGGUCAUUCAUUCUAUAAUCGUCUUUCUUAUGAAUGUAAUACAGGUUAUACAGUAGUUGGACCAAAAGAACGUAUUUGUGUUAGUGAUGGAUUUUGGGAACCAGUUGCUGAUGUUUAUUGUAUACGUAAUGAUGAAGUUUGUACAAUUAAUAAUCCUAUAAUGAAUGGUCAUUAUACACCACAACAACAAGUUUAUUAUGCUGAUCAACAGAUACGUGUUGAAUGUAAUCCUGGUUAUGAACUCGAUCGAUUAUCUCCUGUACAAACAUGUCAAAAAAAUGGAACAUGGUCACCAUUAGAAAUACCAAGAUGUUUAAGAUCUCCAUGUGGUGAACCACCAUCAAUAGCAAAUGCAUAUCUUGUUAAUACUACGUCUUCGUAUGCUCAAUAUGCAUGUAUUGAAAGAUAUCUAUUAAAAGAUUCUAUAUCAACAAUUGAAUGUAAACAAGGUCGAUGGCAAAAUAUUCGACCACAAUGUAUUGAAGCAAUAUGUCGACAUCCAACAAUGGAUGGAUUUAAUGGACAUGUUUUUAAUUCUCGUACGAUAUUUGUUGCUGGCGAAGGUACAGGUCUUAUGUGUAAUAGUAGUACACGUUACGAUCUUAUUCCAAUGAUUGAUUAUGUUAUAUGUGAUAAUCAUGGAAUAUGGAAACCAACAUUACCAAAAUGUUAUGCAAAAUGUCGUUUACCAGAAUUAGGAAGAAAAUUAAUUGGAUAUUAUAUGGAUGAUAUUACUAAUGAAUGGUAUGGAAAAGAAUUACAACCAGGUGCGUAUAUUCGACAUGGUUCUACAGUUAAAUAUCAAUGUCAAUGUCAAUCGAAAUUUCUACAUAAUUGUUCUUCAAUAAAACCAGAUUUUGUUCAAUGUAUUGAUGGACAAUGGACAAAUGGUGGUCCUUAUUGUCGAGAAGAAAUGUCUGAAACGUGUCACGUUCCAUUUGAUAUUCCUCAUGUAUUAUUGAAUAACAAUACGAAAUCAAAUAACAUAUUAAAUGAAGGAGAAUCAUUGAAUUAUGAAUGUAUUCAUGGUUAUAGAAAUAUGACAAACGUGACAUGUAUACAAGGAUACCUAACAGCAAAACCUUUAUGUGAACCAAAAAAUUGUACAACUCAUCCAUAUUGGAUUAAGAAUGGAUAUGUUAAAUAUCAAAAUAGACGACACGGUGGUUAUGCUGAAUAUUCAUGUCGUAAUGGUUAUAAAUUAAGUAAUCAUCGAAUAUUAAAAUGUUCAUUUGGUCAAUGGGAAUCUCCAUAUGAUCGAAAUAAUUCUAUACAAUGUGUUGCAGAUACUUGUCUUCAUCCAGGUUUUAUUCAUCAUGGAAAGACUUACGUUGUUAAUUAUGGUACAUCACGUUAUGCACUAUCAGCAAAUAUUACAUUAAGACAUGGAGCUUCAUUACAAUAUGAAUGUGAUCCUGGUUAUAUGCUAAUUGGUAAUCGUGGUUCCACCUGUUUUUCAGGUAUCUGGCGACCUGAUCAAAUACCAGUUUGUAAUGAAGAUCGACAUGUGUCCUUGCAACAUACAUUACACAAAUUUGUCAGUUAUUGGAUUCGUGAUCUUUCAUACUGUCCACGUAAACGUGAUGUAAUUCGACAAAGACAAUGUUUUAAACCUUGUUUCGAUGAUAGUGAUUGUCGAAGUCGAUAUCGUUCAUGUGUAUGUGAUUAUGAUUGUGGAAUGUCAUGUGUUAAACGAGGUAUUAGUUGUCCUUAUUUAACACCUCCGGAACAUGGUCAUAUAACAUAUUCAAAUAGCAAUAAAUUUGGUUCUCGUGCAACAUAUGAAUGUGAUAUUGGCUUUGUACUUGAAGGUUCAAAAUAUCGUCAUUGUCAAGGUGAUAUGUGGUGGGGACCAUCAGAUACAGUACCCUAUUGUGCAAAAGAAGUUUUUUGUAAUCGACCACCUGAUAUAAUCAAUGCAGUUAAUGAUAUUCCAAGUACAAUUACAUCAUUUCAUGCUGGUUAUUCAGUUAAAUAUACUUGUUUAACUGGUUAUGUUGGAACUGGUACAACUACAUCAGAGUGUACAUUUCUAGGUCAAUGGACAUUUUCAACAUUAAAGUGCAAUCCGAUUGAUUGUGGAUCGCCAGGUAUAUUACGCGAUGGAUUUUUAAGUGGUGAACGAUUUGAUUAUCCGAAUAUUAUUGCAUUUUUUUGUAAUGAUGGAUUUCAACUUAUUGGUAAAGAUAUAACAAGAGCAUGUCAAGAAAAUGGUUUAUGGUCUGGUACAAUGCCCAUUUGUCAAAAAAAAUCAUGCAGUACACCUCCGAUAGUUAGUUACAGUGAAAUAAUUCAACCUGAUCGAACAACAAAUGAAACAGUUCAAUAUAUUUGUCAAGAUGGAUAUCAAUUACAUGGUUCCUCUAUGUUAAAAUGUAUUUCAUCCGAAUGGCAACCAACUCCACCAACAUGUGAACCUACUACAUGUAAUGAUCCUGAAACAUAUUUUAAUGGUUUUAUUGAAUCAUUAUCAGUAAAUGAUUCAUUAAAAUAUGCUGUUAAUUCAAUAAUUACAUUUCAAUGUCCAACGAAUAUGACAUUACGUGGUUCACGUAUAUCAAAAUGUCAAAUAAAUGGAACUUGGUUACCAAAAAUUCCUAAAUGUGAAAAACCAAUACCUUGUGCAAUUCCAGGUUUACCACGAAAUGCCCGAUAUGUUCAUCUUCGUCCAUUUAUGCAAAAAAUACCUGAUGGAAGUCAUUUAGAAUAUAUGUGUGAAAAUUCUCAACAUCGUCAAAGAAUUCUUUGUCGACGAGGAAAAAUUCUACCAAAAAAACCACGGUGUUAUACUGGUUGUCAUGUUGAUAAUGAACAUGUCAAUUUUUCCAAAACAUUUUAUCGUCAUAGAGAAAAUGUUUAUUAUACAUGUAAAAAUAAUAAUAGUUUAUCAUUAAAAAAUGAAACAAUACGUUGUAUUAAUGGAAAUCUUACCGAUCAACCAAUAUGUCAAUCAGUUAAAUGUAUUGUACCACAUAUGCUAUUUUUACGUAAUAUUGUUAAUACAACAAUACCAUCUGGUGCAUUAAUUGAACAAGAUUCUUCAUUUUCAUAUACAUGUAUAGAUGGUUAUCAACCAAGUAUUGAAUCAGCAAUAGUUACAUGUCUUAACGAUAGUAAACUAUCACAUCAUGCACAAUGUGUACCAAGAUCAUGUAAAGAACACCCACCAGUAAUAACAAAUGGUCGAACUAUAUUUCAUUCAACAAAACAUGGAUCUAUAGCAAGAUAUCGUUGUUUUCCAGGUUUUAGAAUUGAAAAUAAUCAUGUAGCAAAAUUAACAUGUCAAUUUGGACAAUGGUUACCUCAACAACCACCAAGAUGUUUACCAAUUUUCUGUCCUAAUCCUGGUCCACUAUUUAAUGGUCGAAUAUAUGUUAUUCUAAAAGAUGAACGUAUAUCACCAAUACCAAUGCGAACUGAAUUUCGUUCUUAUAUACCAAAUGUGAGUCAUGAUCGAACAAUUGAAUUUGAAUGUAACUCAGGUUAUAUUCUUCAUGGUCCAUCGGGUUUAACAUGUAAUCAUGGUCGAUGGAUGCCAUCCGAACGACCACGUUGUAUUAUUGAAAAUCAUGUUCAACCAAAUAUAAUCUUUACGGGAUAA